AUGGGAGCCUUUAGGAUGCUGCUGGGGACUUUACACUACGUGGGACUGUGCGUCUCCACCAGGCAUAGUGGACACGGACACACGGAGAACCACAUCAGCGGACACGCCAUGUUUACGGAGGUGCCUCAUGAUAUGACUGCACAGAGGGGUCAAGAUGUGGAAAUGGCCUGCUCGUUCAGGGGAGCCGGGAUGCCUUCUUACUCUUUGGAAAUCCAGUGGUGGUACAUUCGGAAUCACAUGGACUGGACAGACAGACAGCCGUGGAAAACCAAUGAGGUAUCACCGGAGGAGGAGAUGCCAAAGGAUGCUACAAAGAUAAGCGUAGUAAAGGUUGUUGGAAGUAACAUCUCUCACAAGCUCCGCCUGUCCCGCGUCAAAUCAUCCGACGAGGGCACCUAUGAAUGUCGAGUCAUCGACUUCAGCGACGAAGAAGGGGCGCGGCACCACCGCGUUCGCGCCUACCUGCAGGUAGUAGCCGAGAGCGACAUCGUCACCAGUAACCAGUAUGACAACUUCCAGGUGCUGGAUGACACCAAGAGCAAUUCGGGGUUCCAGCAUGCUCAUGAGGGACGGCCCCAUGAGCACGGCAAGCGCCCUUCGUCUACUGCCACUCAACACAGCCACCCCGGUGGUAGUGAUCAGCACCUAGCAGGCAAAGAGCUGAGGAAGAGGGAUGUGGACAGUAACCAUAGCAACAAUGACUGCUCCAAUGAGCCCAGCUGUGCGCUGUAA